GUUGCCCGCUCGGUGUCUGUUGUGCUUUCUUACAAAUCCUCUUGAUCUUCUCGCCUCAUACGACUAAAUAGACUGUUUCUAUUUUGCAAUUGAUAAACAACAUUGUUGUGAGUUUAUUCUACAGAAUCGAGAGACGAGAAAAAUGUAUCGGCUGUGCUUGGUGCUGUGGGCGUCCGCGCUGACAUCCGCGCAGUACAGCGAUAGCAUCGAGUCUCGAUCAGUCGCCUACCAAAGCAAGGCGAGCCUAAGCCCACUCUACGCUGGUUUCGGCGGCUCGCCAGGUUACCGCGACAACAGCUACGAGGACAACGCCGUCACACCUACGCCAUCCCCGACUCCGAUUUAUCGUCCCAGUGGCCAGGUUUACAGAAAGCCAUCGAGUCAACUCGACAGCUCGCGCGAAUACCAAACUCCGAUAAGGAUAAGUCCGCAGCGAGCGUCAAUUCGCGGAGGACAGAUUGUCAAAAAUGGGCAGGUGAAAUAUAAGGAGGAGGAACUGGAGGAGGAGAAGGAGGAGCCCGAUCGUCUGAGCAUCCUGCUACCCCAGAGCAAGUUCGACUGCGUCGGUAAGCAGACGGGCUAUUACGCUGACGAGGAGCUGAAUUGCGAGGUGUUCCACUACUGUCAGAACAACGCCAAGCACUCGUGGAUCUGUCCAGAAGGUUUCACUUUCCACCAGGUGCACCUUAUUUGCAUGCCGCCGAAUGGUGAUAUUAGCUGCAAAAAAAGCUCGCAGUAUCACUUUGUUAAUGAGUACCUGUACAAGCCAUUGAACCUCGACGAAGCCGAGAGCAAACCCAAUGUGACGCUUAGAUACAGCGAAAGAUACUUCCCCUCCGACAUUUACACGGACGAACGAGAAAGUAGCGAGUACCGUGCCGCUUCGACUCCAGUUCGUCGACCGAUUUACAUUUCCCCGCAGGCGAUUCCGACGAUCAACAGCAUACCGAGUAGCAGUCGACCUCAGCUGUCACCCUCCACACCGACGUAUCGCAUCCCCAUCAAUCAGGUAUUCCGCAGCCCCGAAGAGGUCAACAUUCCAUUACAGCAACGACGGCCACAACCGACUGCGAGCUCAAGCCUCAGAAGGUAUCCCCAGGUCAGACCUGACGAAGAGGACUACGAAUAGUUUAUAAAGCAAAUACUUUAGAUGCUUUUCGGCGAUGCUUUAGGAAAGUAGAGGCACUGGAAAUCAUUUGCCGCUUGAUUAUUUUACAAAUAAGCCGACUGGGUCUAAUGAUAUUGAGUUAAGUGAAGAACAAAAAUAGCUCCAGAUAAUUUUUCGGUAAUUGUUAGUAUUCAUAUGAAGCAGAAAUCAAAUUUGUAAUUGUUCCCAGCGUUGUCACUAAAUGCUUUGACACUGUCAUUAUACUACUUCGAAUUGAUUUCCAUCAAUCAUUAGCAUUACCAUCAUCCUCUACUUGCAAUAAUUUUUUUUCUAACAAUAUUUUUUACUAUUUCAUUAUUUAAGUAUUUACUCAUACUCGCAGUUCGUAUGGAAAUGUUAGAAAAUAUGAAAUUGCAAGGUCAGUCGUAACGGAUUUCAUAAAAAUGAGAAAUAGCGUAACGCAUACGUAUAAUAUUGUGUAUAUAAUAAAUUGUAAUUGGCGAAUCGAGCUGAACAUGUAGAAUAAGAGUGAUAUUCUAUAAUUUGUAAUCCUUCAAGUAUUUUUUAGCUUUAGAUGUAAUUCAAAUGUAUUACUUUACAUAUUUUAUAUUUAAUGUCUUGUAAGA